AUGCCUCACAAGCAGAAGAAGAAUUCCAAUCAUGUCCCCCCAAACGCUUCUCCCCGAGCGGAAAAGAAGCAGUUUAAUCCCGAAUCGCCCAUAGCCCCUCCUACGAACUACCAUGAAAUCCACGAGAACGAGGUCGAGGCCCUUCGCUCAAUCUACGGCGAUGACUUCGAAGAUGUGCAGCAUCGGCGAUCCGCGUGGGGACAACAAUCCUCCGAAGUUACAUUCAAACUCCAUUUGCGGGCUUCCUCCAAUCCUGAUGUCCACCUCGAAUUGCUCGUCGAGCUCCCCGCGACCUACCCCAAAACCUACCCGAACCUCUCCUUGGAAAACAUAGACGACCUACGACAGGGAGCUCGAUCACGAAUCGAAGAUAUUAUACGCCACAAGCCGAGGACACUCAUGGGCUCGGAGAUGAUCUAUGAGUUAGCCGUGUCGAUCCAAGAUGUCCUCGAGGACGUGGCGGAAGCUCGAGCUCAAGAUAAGGAUCUUCCUAGCCUAGAAGAGGAGCGUAUGGAGCAAGAAGCCGCGGCCAACCAACGAGCGGAGCUAGAACGACAAGAAGAACUGCGGAAACAGGAGGCCGCCUCGGCAGAGGAGGAACGAGCUUUACAACAGCUCCUAGAUGAUAAGGUCCGAGAACGGACCAAGGCACGAGACUCGAAACGGAAGAGCCGAACGCCAGGAAUGGACCCGGGAAGUGGUCUAGAUGCUGCGGAGAAUAUUCCGGGUGCGAUCUGCUUCGAUCCCCCUCUGGUCAUGACGGAUACGGAUGAAGGGCCUCUUGCUUUUCGCGCUGUAUAUGGGAAGACUAUGCUACAAUCCUCUCCGGGAAAAGAGACGUUCACCGUCAGGCCGGUCACUUGCGAGACCCGUCCCUGUGCUCCUCUCUUAGUCUUAAAAGAGGUGUCCCUGGAUGAGAAAGGGCUGGACCCGUUGGCGUUCCGAGAGAAGAUGCGUACUAGUGAGGAUAAGCUGGAAAGCUUGAAAAGGCUACGGCACUCCAAUCUAGUUGAGUUUGUCGGGUUUAAAAUAUAUAGACCUUUGAAUCCCCUCGAUUCCCAUGAUCACUUCUGGAAGGUGUAUCUCCUCGUCGAGCACGCAAACAAGGGCUCGCUCUCUGAAUUUCUGGAUAUCGUCGGAACGGUUCCCGUGGAAAUGCUUCGUAGCUGGACUAUUCAACUUCUUGAAGCCCUGGAGUUCUACCACCGCAGCGGAUUUGUCCACGGAGAUAUUCACUGUGGGUGUAUCAUGCUGUUUAGGAACCCCACCGGGGGCACGAUCGUGAAGCUACAGGCGGCCAUCGAGGAAACUCUGCCGGAUUCUGCAGAAAGCACGCGGUCACUGACAACCUCCAAAUCACCAUUUUGGCUUCCCCCGGAAUUGACGCCCGAUGAUGCCCCACCCACCACUAAAACAGAUGUUUGGGACUUGGGUAUAGUCUUUCUGCAGAUGGGCUUCGGACUGGAUGUGUUGCAGCGCUAUACAUCGGCCAAUGCGAUGAUGGCUACUCUCGGCCUCACCGCUCCCCUGCAGGAUUUAUUGCAUGAAUUCUUCCGACCUGAUCCAAAGAAGCGGCCAACCGCUUUUCAGCUUCAGCCAUCGGAGUUUUUCCGCCUCGACACUCCCUUGGUUGCUCGUUCAAGCGCCUCAAACUCGAUUUCCUUGCCGAGGCGGCCCCGCCUAGACUCUUUGAAUGGCCUACCUGUGUUCUCGCGAUAUAAUCAAGACUUCGAUGAGGCAGGCCGCUUGGGCAAAGGGGGAUUUGGGCAGGUAGUAAAGGCGAGAAACAAGCUUGAUGGUCGCUUCUAUGCCGUUAAGAAGAUUUCUCAAAGGUCUGCCGCCGCGUUGAAGGAUACGCUGUCGGAAAUCAUGUUGCUGUCCCGACUUAAUCACCCGUAUGUGGUGCGCUACUACACGGCGUGGCUCGAAGAGGAUCAUGGUCAUAUCGACGAAGACGCUGUAUCAUCUUCAGACGGAGACUUUUCUGGCCGGGACUCCAAUGCGUAUGAGUAUAGCACGGGUGGGCUUGAUUUCAUCAGCUCUAGUGGCUAUCCGAAGAUCGAAUUUGGAGGCGACAGCGAUGAAGAACGAGAUGGCACCACGCCAUCUCAAAACUUUAAGCGCUCAACACCGGAGACUUAUUGUUCGGAAAGUGGCACUGGGGCAGAGCUCAGUCGUGUGAUGUCCGGCUCGCAAGGUAGACCAGUCUUGUCUACCCUCUACAUACAGAUGGAAUAUUGCGAGAAACACACACUCCGCGAUCUGAUUAGAAAUGGUUUGUACGACGACGUGGACAGAUCAUGGCGGCUGUUCCGACAGAUUCUCGAUGGGUUGAGCCACAUCCACGGUCAUGGCAUCAUACAUCGUGACCUGAAGCCCGAUAACAUCUUCAUCGAUGUCGCAAAUAACCCGCGUAUCGGAGACUUUGGGCUAGCCACGAGUGGGCAAUUCACGACAGCCGUGCGGUCUUCGACUACCGCAGACUUCGAAGGAAACUUCACUCGAAGUCUUGGUACCACAUACUACGUUGCGCCGGAGAUGAAAUCUGGCUUUACGGGAAAUUAUAAUGAGAAAGUGGAU